CACUGAAUAGUGAAUAGCAGUGUCUUCCAAGCAAGUUGAAUAUUAUUAUUAUUAUUAUCAUUAUUGUCUCUUCUUUCUCUUGAAUUCCGAUCUCUUCUUUUAUUUAUUCUUAUUCUUCAGUCUUUCGAUAUUUCCCACCUACUACUAUAUAUAUAACCAGAACAAAAUAAUAUAUAUAUACAUAUAUCAGGUGGUGAUUCCAUGAAUAUGGCAUGGAAGAAAGGGGUUGCGUUAUGGUUGUGGCUCCUUCUUCUGCUGUUUAUUACUUCAACAUCUUCAUCAUCAGCAUCUCAUCGUUUAUUGUUGGACAAUAAUAAUGGAUCGUCCUUACUCGGCCUUACACCACCCAUGGGAUGGAAUAGCUGGAAUCACUUUGACUGCCAAAUUAAUGAAGACUUGAUUCGACAAACAGCUGAUGCAAUGGUGUCAACGGGUCUUUCUGCUUUGGGAUACCAUUAUAUCAACAUAGAUGAUUGUUGGGGAGAAUUGAACCGAGACUCACAGGACAAUUUGGUUGCAAAAGCUUCAACAUUCCCUUCAGGAAUUAAGGCUCUAGCCGAUUAUGUUCAUAGCAAAGGUUUAAAGUUAGGAAUUUAUUCCGAUGCUGGAAAUCAGACAUGCAGCAAAACUAUGCCUGGAUCACUGGGACACGAAGAACAAGAUGCAAAAACAUUUGCUUCUUGGGGAGUUGACUACUUGAAGUAUGAUAAUUGUAACAACAAUAAUAUAAGCCCCAAAGAGAGGUACCCAAGAAUGAGUAAAGCUUUAUUAAACUCUGGAAGAUCAAUCUUCUUCUCCAUGUGUGAAUGGGGAUUGGAAGAUCCGGCAACUUGGGCCCCGGGUGUUGGAAAUAGUUGGAGAACAACUGGAGACAUUAAAGAUAACUGGGACAGCAUGACAUCUCUUGCAGAUCAAAAUGACAAAUGGGCUUCUUAUGCUGGACCUGGAGGAUGGAAUGAUCCUGACAUGCUUGAAAUUGGAAAUGGAGGCAUGACAACAGAAGAAUACCGUGCCCAUUUUAGCAUAUGGGCAUUAGCUAAGGCUCCUCUAUUGAUUGGUUGUGAUAUUCGGGCCCUUGAUAAGACCACAAAGGAACUGCUAAGCAAUUCAGAAGUUAUUGCUGUAAACCAAGACAAACUAGGAGUUCAAGGAAAGAAGGUGAAAAGUAAUAAUGGUUUGGAGGUUUGGGCAGGUCCUCUUAGUGGAAACAAGGUGGCAGUGAUCUUAUGGAAUCGAAGCUCAUCAAAAGCAAAAGUAACAGCUUCAUGGUCUGAUUUAGGCCUAAAAUCUGCAACUUCAGUUCAUGCAAGAGAUUUAUGGGAGCAUUCAACAACAUCAUCAGUUUCAGGAGAAAUUUCUGCUGAAUUAGAUUCACAUGUUUGUAAGAUGUAUGUCCUCACUCCUAACUAAGAUAUUGAAUUCAUAAAAGACAAGAAACUAAACAGGAUUCCAAGUACUCAAAAUUUUUUUGGCAACUUUCAAUGUUUCCAUCUUCAAAGAAGAAAGAAAACAGAGGAAAUUAAGUAGUCAAUAAUAGGAAGUGUAAGGGGAAAAUGUAAGUUAUGUUCGUCUCUUAAUUAAGGUUAUUAUUAUUAUUAUUA